CAGCGGAUGCCACUCCGGAAAGGUGGAGCAGAUUCCCACUUGCGGCACCUGUCGCAGGUGCGUGUGGGUCACGUGGCUCCGCCAGCAGACUUGGGAGCCGCGCCAGCUUCCUUCCUUUAGGCGUUGCUCGGCUUGCGCGGUCGGACCCGACGGGGGACUGCGAGAAGAGUUGGUCGGUCGACGCUUGGUAGUUCUCGAAGAAAGACUGAAGGAGUUGGAGGGGUUUGGGCCGCCUUCCAUUAAAACGGUUGCGAUUCGGCGGAGCGAAGAUGAGCAAGAUCCAGAAGUUUUUCAAGGGCGGCGGGGGGUCCGGCUACUCCAAGGGGAAGGGGAAAGGGGGGCCCACGCCGCAGGAAGCUUUAGCGCGGCUGCGGGAGACGGAGGAAAUGCUGACCAAGAAGCAGGAGUAUCUGGAAGCGAGGGUCGCCAAGGAGCUGGCCCUGGCUAAGAAACACGGCACCCGAGACAAGCGAGCUGCACUGCAGGCACUGAAAAGAAAAAAGAGAUAUGAGAAACAGUUGAGCCAAAUUGAUGGAACUCUUUCUACCAUUGAAUUCCAGCGUGAGGCACUUGAAAAUUCCUACACAAAUACAGAAGUGUUCAAGAAUAUGGGCUAUGCUGCUCAGGCCAUGAAAAAAGUUCAUGAAAACAUGGACUUGGACAAAAUCGAUGAAAUGAUGCAAGAUAUCACUGAGCAACAAGAUAUUGCCCAAGAAAUCACAGAGGCUCUUACAAGAAAAGUUGCUGAUGACUUUGAUGAGGAUGAACUUUUGGCAGAAUUAGAGGAGCUGGAGCAAGAAGAGCUAAAUAAUAAGAUGACAAAUGUCCGUUUACCAAGUGUCCCAGCUACCCCAUUGCCUUCUCAUCCUGCAUCUUCAAAGAAGAGGGUGGAAGAUGAAGACGACAUGCAGCAGCUGGCAGCAUGGGCAUCUUAGCAGCAAUUUCUCACAGGCUUCAAGUGAAUACCAAGUGAAUAUCAUGGAAGGACUUCUUGGAAUCGUGGUUAUGUUUAUACAGAUUGUAGCUAUGUGGAAUGUUGACCAAAAUUGGUCACUGCUGGAAUGUGUGUAUAUAUUCUAUAUAUUCUUGUAUAUAUUCUACUACUACUACUUUUUUAGGAGCCAGCAUUCUCCAGACUGUUGUCAGUAUAGCCUUUCUCCUUCAGGUGUAUCUCAGCAGACUUCCUUUUUUAUGCUAAAAAUACCAGCUAAAAAAGCAAGACUGCGACUUGAUUAAUGUUACUUUUCUUGGCUGUCAGUUUUCUUAUCUCAGAAAACAUGUAGGUUGCAAAACAUAUUGGCACAAUGGUGAGUGUUGCAUGGUUUGACAGAGAACUAAACUUGGCUUGGGUUUGGAAUCUGUUUUCCAAAUAUUUUCCGGAACAAAAUUAGAACCGUUAAAACACACAGUCCUUGGGUUGGCUAGAGAAAUCCUGCAGCAGUUUUGCACUGCUAGAGUUGUUUUCAGUGGCGUUUUCUACAACGCCAAUGGCUUGUUCAGAGUUCAGAGCAGAAAUCAAGAUUUUGUAGCACCUUAAAAACUAAGAUAUGGUGAAAGUGGACCUCUGUGGAAAGAGGGAGUGGACGUAUUCUCUUUGCAGAGGGCAGGACCAGAAUAAAUGGGUUAAAACUACAAGAAGUUGGUUUAGGGUAGAUGUCAGGAAGACCUUUCUGACUGUAUGAGGUGUCAGUCAGUGGAACAGGCUGUCAUAUGAAGUGAUGAGUUCUUUUUCCAGUGAAGGUCUUCAGCCAAGGUGGGCGGGCAUCUAAUGGAUCCUGCACUGAAUAUAUGAUCUCUUACGUUCCUUCCAGUUCUUUGAGUCUAUAAGAGAUCAUCAGAGAAGGAAGAGUGUCACAGAUCCAUUGCCAGCUGUGUUUAAAAGGCUGGUAGGCCCUGGAGUUGGUUGUUCGAAGGGCAGUUGAGAAAAGGGCUUUAGAUUGUUUGGCUUUCAGGUUGUCUGUUAUCCUGAGAAGUCCCAGGAAUGGGAGUUACCAGCUCUGCCCAUCUAGAGCUGGAAUAAUUUAUUCUUCUACACAGCUUUUAAUAGAUGAGGAGUUAGUGAUUCCAAACAAUGUUACACCGUAGUUCGUUUCUUUAAAAUAUGUUUUCCCUGCCAGCAUGAGUCAUUAGAGCACUUAGAGUCCACCAUUUCUGCCUUAUCCCACAUGCACUUAAAAAUAAUCUAGAAUGUUCAUAUUUUAUCAAGAGCCCACUUCAUCACUGACUAUAAAAGGUGAUAGAGGCACGCAGUCUAGCACACACAGGGAAACCAUGAAGCACUAUGCAAUCUAAAAUACUGGGUAUGAUUUGGCUUGCUCAGGGUUAGUAGCACCAAAUUCUUACUGAUUUUUAUGUAAGUCAGAUUAACUUGAUUUGAAAAAAGGGAAGGAGAUAGAAUGAGUUUAUGUAGUUGAAUGAUCAACAAUUGAUAAUUGAGUUUAUCAGCCUCUUUAAAAAUCGGAGGUCAUACAGGUAGUCUACUUAACAACCACAACUGGCACCAGAAUUUUGGUUGCUAAGUGAAGCAGUCAUUAAGCAAAUCCAACCUGAUUUUAUGACCUUUUUUGUGGCAAUCAUUAAGCGAAUCAUUGGGUGUUAAGCGAACCAUGUGGUUGUUAAGUGAAUCACAUGGUUCCCCAUUGAUUUUGCUUGCCAGAAGCCCACCAGGAAGGUAAAAAAUGGUGAUCACAUGACCAUGGGACACUGUAGUGUUCAUAAAUGCAAACUGGUUGCCAAGUACCCAAUUUGGGAUGACGUGACUAUGGAGACGCUGCAACAGUUGUGUGAGGACCGGUCAUAACUCAGUUUUUCCAGCACUGUUGUAAGUCUGAAAUGUCACUAAACGAAUGGUUGUUAAGCAAGGACUAGCUGUAAUUCAAUAAAUCAAAUGGCUUAAACUCAACUAACUGUUGGAUUGUAGCCAGAAUAUACAUGAAAAUGUUCCGUUCAUUCUCUUUAUGGCAGAAUCCUUCAUAUAUUGCAGUCUUGUCAAGCAAAACAAUCUUAAUAGUUUUUGAUUGUGGCUUUUUAAUGAACAUUCAAUUUUUUUCUUUUUUGGUUUGGAUAGUAGAGUUUCUCUUUAAAUAUUUAAAUGUUUGCAAUAAUUUAUAUGUUUAUGUACCUUCUUUCAAACUUUUUUUUU